GGACACUCAUGGGAGCGAAUCUCGGUGACUAGUGUAGUGUUUUCAAGGAGAGGACAGGAUUAGGUUUGGGAGUGAAAGGAAGAAAAGAAGCCCCGAUAAAAUGAUUUUUAAAAAAACGAAGCAAGACAUAGGAAAAAGGAGUACAGCCCUGAGACCAGGGAGCAGGGAGGUCUGCUCUUAAGGCAUUGUGCCCUUGGACAGAGUUGGGAGAAAAAGAAGAGUGUGUGCAUUUGGGAGGAGUGGAUUUUCACUUGAGACCCCCCCAUGAGCUGGAAUUUGUAUCUGAGUCAGUAUGAUCCCCCACACACCGUGCCCCCCACUGCUCAAUUCAUAUGAUCCUUUGCUGUUAAUUCCUUUGGAGAUUCAUCCUUCUGUGAGAGGGUAUUAACAUAAAACUCCCCUAACUAUCCUGGCCCUGGGAACAGGAGCUGCUCAGUCAAUAGUGGUUGAAUGAAUGAAUGCCUAGUUCCGCUGGCACUAAACCCUUGGGAAUCCCCCAUUUUGGAGCGGUUAUAAAUAUAGAUCCUGUUCUAAUACCCCGGAGACUUAGCCUUUUUUGGUCCCAAGAAUCUCUUGCCAAUUCCUUGGGAAAUUUUUAGCUGCCUUCCAAUACCACCACUACCACCACCACCUCUUCAGCCAAUUGCCCACACCACGGACCAGCAAGGGGGAUUCUUCCCAAUGAACCUGAAGCCACGAAUGUAUUUGCUAUCUAAUAACCAUUCUUUUCAGCUCUUAAGUCUUGGAUCCUAAUGGCAAGACUAAAUGAAAUGCAACCUACUGUAAUUGCGUCUCAAGGCCAACAUUUUUCACUCGACACACUUAAAAUGUACAACAGAUUUGUUUUAACGUUGGGGCCAGGAGAGGAAAUGGGUGACAGCCGGGCAGUGAGAAGAUGACUGGGAUGUCGCUUCAGGUGGCCAGAGGCCACCUGAAGAGCACAAAGAGGGAGAAGAGCGGGGAGAGAAAAUGUACAGCAACACCCAGGGCGUCUAGACGCCAAAAUGAGCUGAUCAUGCCAGAGCCUACCAUUGAGGCAGACCAGGGAGGGAGCACAUUGCAACCUUCCAAUGUUAACUUUGAAGUCGGCAUCCUCUGGCUCCGCAGACCUGCAAUAGACAGCCCCAGUCUUCUGUUUCUGUUGGUCCCAGCCUUCACGUUGUUCACUGGUAUUUCUCUCCUUGUGCCUAGAAGCCCUGGUGGCAGGUUACACGCUGGGCUGCUCACGACAAGGUUAGCCGUUUGAAACCACCAGCCACUCUGUGGAGAAAGAUGGGGGUUUUCUACCUCACCGAAGGGUUUAGUUCUGUUCUUCCCUAUAGGCUCCCUGUGACCGGAAGUAACUCCAUGGUAGUGAGUGGCUGAGUCUCUGCGCCAACAUUUCUCCUAGCCGUCAGGGUCACAUUCUGGUCCAUAGGACCUCGGAGGCAGAUCACUGUGGUCUCCAAGCAGGUAGUCUUCCCAUCCUUUCCUGCCAACUCAAGUCUACAUCACUGGGCACUGUGGCAUGUGCACGGGGCCUUAGACAACAAGUGGCCUCUUCCUCAUAUGAGAACGCUGAUAACCAGUGGAGUCGUGGGAUUUGCCUAGAGGAGAAAUGCUCCUUAGCAGAGAGCCGGGACCAGUACCCUGACAUCCUACUCAGUGCGCUUACUGGAACUGGUGUGCCUAUGUGGUGACCCGGACAGUGAGCUGUGUCCUUGAGGAUGGAGUGGAGACCUUUGUCAAGCCUGACUACCAGCCAUGUGGCUGGGGCCAGUCCCAGUGUGCCCGCAGCGUCAUGUACCGCAGCUUCCUCCGCCCGCGCUACCGCGUGGCCUACAAGACAGUGACGGACAUGGAGUGGCGGUGCUGCCAGGGCUAUGGGGGCGACGACUGUCGUGAGGGUUCCGCCCCAGCUGUGGGCCCUGCAUCCACCACGCCACGCCCUCGCCCCAGGCCUGCUCGUCCCAACCUCUCGGGCUCCAGCGCAGGCAGCCACCUCAGUGGGUUGGGGGGAGAAGGUCCUGUGGAGUCAGAGAAGGUGCGGCAGCUGGAGGAGCAGGUGCAGAGCCUAUCAAAGGAGCUGCAUGGCCUUCAGGGGGUCCUGCAGGGACUGAGUGGGCGCCUGGCAGAAGACGUCCAGAAGGCCGUGGAGACGGCCUUUAACGGGAGGCAGCAGCCAGCGGAUGCCGCUGCGCGCCCCGGCGUGCACGAGAUCCUCAGUGAGAUCCAGCACCAGCUCCAGCUCCUAGACAACCGCGUCUCCACCCACGACCAGGAGCUGGGUCACCUCAACAACCAUCACGGUGGGGGUGGCACCCUGGACUCAGCCCCGGCGCCUCCAGGACACCGAGAGGAGCUGCUGCGGGAACUGGAGCGGCGGCUGCAGGAGUCCUGCUCCGUGUGCCUGUCGGGGCUGGACGGCUUCCGCCGGCAGCAGCAGGAAGACCAGGACCGGCUGCGAGCGCUGGAGAAGCUGCUGGCUUCCGUGGAGGAGCGGCAGCGGCAGUUGACUGGGCAGACUCCGGGCCGCAGGCCCCAGCAGGAAUGCUGCCCCCCGGAGCUGGGCCAGAGACUGGCCCAACUGGAGCGGAGGCUGGAUGUUGUGGCCGGCUCCGUGACGGUGCUGAGCGGCCGGCGUGGCACUGAGCUUGGAGGGGCAGCCGGGCAGGGGGGCUAUCCCCCAGGCUACACCAGAUUAGCCUCUCGCCUCUCUCGCCUGGAGGACCGGUUCAACUCUACCCUGGGCCCCUGGGAGAGCCAGGAGGGGAGCUGGCCUGGGAGCCCCGGGGGGCUAGCCCGCUGGCUGCCUGCUGCUCACGGCCGACUAGGGGAGCUGGAGGGGCUGCUGGCCAACGUAAGCGGAGAGCUGGGUGGGCGGCUGGAUCUGUUGGAAGAGCAACUGACAGGGGCUGUGCAGGCGUGUGGGCAGCUCUGCUCCGGCGCCCCCGGGGAGCAGGACUCCCAGGUCAGCGAGAUCCUCAGAGCCUUGGAUCGCAGAGUGCUGGACAACGAGGGGCGGCUGCAGCUAGUGGACUCCAGCCUGCACACAGUGGAAGUGGCCGGGGAGGCCCGACAGGCUGUGCUAGACGGACUGCAAGAGGCCGUGGGUCGCCUCCAGGAGCGCGCCGAUGCCCAGGACCUGGCAGCUGUGGAAGUCACCCUGCAGCUGAAUCUCACAGCUGCGCGGCUGGGCCAACUGGAGGGGUUGCUGCAGGCCCGGGGGGCCGAGGACUGUGGGGCCUGUGGUGGCUUCCAAGAGGAGCUGGGCCGCCUUCGGGAUGGCGUGGAGCGCUGCUCCUGCCCCCUGCUACCGCCGCGGGGCCCUGGGUCUGGCCCUGGGGUUGGAGGGCCGAGCCGAGGACCCCUUGACGGCUUCAGUGUGUUUGGGGGAAGCUCGGGUUCAGCCCUCCAGGCUCUCCAAGGAGAGCUCUCUGAGGUCAUCCUCACCUUCAGCUCCCUCAACGAUUCGCUGCACGAGCUCCAGACCACCGUGGAAGGUCAGGGUGCUGAUCUGGCCGACCUGGGGGCCACCAAGGACCGCAUCAUCUCCGAGAUCAACAGGCUGCAGCAGGAGGCCACCGAGCAUGCGGCUGAGAGUGAGGAGCGCUUCCGAGGCCUGGAAGAAGGACAGCCACAGGCCGGCCAGUGCCCUGGCCUCGAGGGGAGGUUGGGCCAGCUGGAGGGUGUGUGUGAGCGGUUGGACACUGUGGCUACUGGGCUGCAGGGCCUGCGAGAGGGCCUUUCCAAGCAUGUUGCUGGACUCUGGGCUGGGCUCCGGGACACCAACAGCACCAGCCAGAUGCACGCUGCUGUGCUGGAGAAGCUGCUGGGUGGGCAGGCGGGCCUGGGCCGGCGGCUCGGGCACCUUAACAGCUCCCUGCUGCAUCUGGAGGACCAGCUGCACCAGCUCAGCCUGAAGGACCUGACAGGGCCUGCGGGCAAGGCUGGGCCCCCAGGGCCUCCUGGGGCACAGGGACCUCCAGGCCCUGCUGGACCUCCAGGACUUCCAGGCCAGGACGGGCAAGAGGGGCCUGCAGGACCACCAGGUCCUCAAGGUGAACAGGGUGUGGAGGGGGCACCGGCAUUCUCUGCGCCCCGGGUGGCUUUCUCAGCUGCUCUGAGUUUGCCCCGGUCUGAACCAGGCACUGUCCCCUUCGACAGAGUCCUGGUGAACGACGGGGGCUACUAUGACCCAGAGACAGGCGUGUUCACAGCGCCACUGGCCGGGCGCUACCUGCUGAGCGCGGUGCUGACGGGGCACCGGCACGAGAAGGUGGAGGCCGUUCUGUCCCGCUCCAACCUGGGCGUGGCCCGCAUCGACUCGGGCGGCUACGAGCCCGAGGGCCUGGAGAACAAGCCCGUGGCCGAGAGCCAGCCCAGCCCGGGCGCCCUGGGCGUCUUCAGCCUCAUCCUGCCGCUGCAGGAGGGGGACACGGUCUGCAUCGACCUGGUCACGGGGCAGCUGGCGCACUCGGAGGAGCCGCUCACCAUCUUCAGCGGAGCGCUGCUCUACGCGGACCUGGAGCUCGAGCAGGGGUGACGGCGGCCCGGCGCCCGCAGCGCCCCCUCCGGCUGACCGC